AUGUUUGGUUCAACAAAAAUUGAGGGGAUUCCUGAGAAAACAGAUUCCAAGGAUUAUAACUUAGUAUUUGUUGCUAGUGCUACUGGUAGAGUUGGUUCAAGAGCUGUUAGAGAGCUUAUAAAACUUAGAUUUAAAGUAAGAGCUAGAGUGAGGAGUGCUGAGAGAGCUGGUCUACUAAUCCAAAGUGUUGAGCAAAUGAAGCUUGAUGAUGGAACAAGUGGAGGGAGUCAAGAAAAUGCUGAUCUAUUGAAUAACAAGAGAAUAAACCUAACACUGUCAACAGAAGGCACUUUAUUUGGGGGUCAAGUAUCAAACCUUCAGGUGGCAGAACUUAUGACAGUCAUGGCCAAGAACCCUGAUCUUGCAUAUUGUAAAAUAGUGGAGGUAGUAGCAGAGACAAUUGCACCUCUGAAUCCCACGGAGGAGCUUCUUGCAAAGAUAUCAUCUCAAAGACCUUACAUUUCUUCACCAAAGAAACCGGAUGCUGUAUCCGUCAGUGAUCCAGCUCCCUCGGAACCUGCCAUUGCCAUAGCCACUGAGAAGGAAACUGCACAACCAAAACCGGUUGCAAAACAGUCACUUUCGUCUUAUAUUGUGUAA